UUCUGGUAACUAUCAGUCGAGUACGAACCAGUAAUCGCUAAAGAUGCGUAUUUUAACAGCAGUAACUCUGGUGUUGAGCGCAAUCUUCGCUCAUGCCGACGACAGCUUUGAGAGGUCCUUAGAAGGCAAGUAUAUAGCGGUGACUGGUGGCGCUGGGGAAAUAUGCAGUGCAAUUGCUAAGAAAUUCCUAGAACAUGGAGCGAGAUUUGUAAUUCUUAUCGACUACAAUAAUGAAAAAGGUGAGGAAGUUAAGAACAGACUUAACAAUGAAUUUGGUGACGGCAUGGUGGAGUUCAUCCACGCCGACGUUACGAAGGACCUGAAAAAAGUUGUUGAACAGGACGUCCCGAAAUAUGGACUCGCCGACGUGUUGGUGAACUGCGCUGGUAUUCUUAACGAAUACGACGCCAGGAGCGUUAUGGAAACUAACGCCGUGGCGACCAUUGAAUGGUCCGAUGUGAUGUAUGAAUUGUCGAGAGCAGACAAAGGAGGCAAAGGCAGUACCAUCAUCAAUAUGUCAGACAUGUACGCUUAUAACGUCGAUGGUUACGUUCCUAUUUACACGGCUGCUUCGGCCGCAACAACGGCGUACACCAAGGCAAAGGGUCACCAAAUGAAUUAUCGCCAUUCAAAAGUGAGGAUGUUCUCUAUACAUCCGGGCUUCACCGAAACUCCGAUGACAGCUGGCCAAAUGGAGAUCGCUGAGAAGAAUGAUGACUUCGUGAAGUACUCUAAAUCUUGGGCAUGGCAGACUUCUGAUGAAGUUGCUGAUGCGCUUAUGGGCCUGUUCCCGGUAGCCGAGUCUGGCGCAGCUUAUACCAUUGAUGCAGGAAAAUACUACGAAUCUCCAGCUUUAGUUUACCGCUCUGUUGAGUAUAUUGAUAACAUACUGCAACAGUAGUUGGUGAAUUCUAAUUAGAGUUUAUUCUCCCAAUAUACACGCAUAAUUAAGGGAUAGAUUCAUAGUAUUUUGAAUUCAUUCGAUUAUUUUUCUAAAUUCUUUAAAUAAACAAUUUUUGAUUCCUGCAA